CACCCAAAUCACUUUAACCCUGACCACCAAGAAAACCCAAAAUCUCUGUACACUAGGGUUUAACACCACCAUUUCUUCCGUUUCCUACCACCACCACCACCGCCAUGACAGUAACUCGCUUCCUCCUCCGCUCCCUCCGCCGCCUCUCCCCCCUCCAAACCACCACACUUUCCCCCACCUUCACCCUAAAACCCUCACACCAGCCCCAACCGCAUGUCAUCCCCACCCGCUCCUUCGCUUUCUCCUCCGCCGAAGAAGCCGCCGCUGAACGCCGCCGUCGCAAACGCCGCCUCCGCAUCGAGCCGCCACUACACGCGCUCCAACGUGAUCCCAACUCCCCACGCCCUAAACGCGACCCUAACCAACCCGACACCACCUCCGCCCUCGUCGGCCCCCGCCUCAGUCUCCACAACCGCGUCCAAUCCCUGAUCCGCGCUGGCGAUCUCGACAACGCUUCUGUCGUCGCUCGCCAAUCAGUAUUCUCCACCACUCGCCCCACCGUCUUCACUUGCAACGCCAUUAUCGGCUCCAUGUAUCGCGCAAAACGGUAUUCGGAUGCUAUCGCGCUGUUUACUUACUUUUUUAAGCAGUGUAAUAUUGUCCCGAAUGUUGUUUCGUAUAAUUUUUUAAUUGUUUCGUAUUGUGAGAGUGGAGAGGUGGAUAAAGGAUUAGAAGUGUAUCAACAUAUCAAGGAGAAUGCGCCUUUUAGCCCGUCCGCAGUUACUUUUCGUCAUUUAACGAAAGGUUUGGUUGACGCCGGGCGGAUUGAUGAGGCGGUUAACUUGUUGUGGAAAAUGGUAGGGGAUGGGCAUGGGGCGGAUUCAAGUGUUUUUAAUAAUGUUAUAUUAGGGUUUUUGAAUUUAGGGAAUUUGGAAAAGGCGAAUGAGUUUUUUGAUGAGUUGAAGAGCAGGUGUAUGGUUUACGAUGGGAUUGUUAAUGCUACAUUUAUGGAGUGGUUUUUCAGUCAAGGUAGGGUGAGAGAGGCGAUGGAGUCGUAUAAGUCAUUGUUGGAUAAGGAGUUUAAGAUGGUUCCGGCUACGUGUAAUGUACUUUUGGAGGUUUUGCUUAAAUGGGGGAGGAAAGUUGAAGCAGAGGCGUUGUUUGAUAGUAUGUUGGAUAGGCAUACGCCGCCUGUUGUUCAGGCGGUGAAUUCGGAUACGUUUAACUUGAUGGUGAAUGAGUGUUUUAAGGAGGGCAGAGAGUUGGAGGCUUACAGUGUGUUUAAGAAGGCGGGUAAAGCGCCAAAGUCGAAGCCUUUUGCGAUGGAUACGGCUGGGUUUAAUAACAUGAUUAUGAGGUAUUGUGAGAAAGAUAUGGUGGAUGAUGCUGAGAAAAUGUAUGUGGAGUUGUGUGGUAAAUCUUUAUCUCCUGAUGUCAACACCUAUAGGACAUUGAUUGAUGCUUAUUUAAAAUUAGGAAGAAUCGAUGAGGCUAUGGAGAAGUAUACGAAGAUGGUGGAGGCUGGCUUGAGAGUGAUUCCUACUUACGCUAACAAAUGGUUUUCUGAACUAAUUGAAAACGGAAAGGUUCUUGAGUGUGUACCGAUUUUGACUAAAAUGGGUGAAAAGGAUCCAAAACCGGAUGCGACUACUUAUGAUAUUGUGAUCAGGGCGCUUUGUGCAGUCUCUAAUUAUGACACAAGUUUGUCUUUGUUACAACAAAUGGUCAGUUAUGGUGUUGGUGUAACUCCUGUACUUAAGGAGCACGUGUUGGAUGUUUUCGACAAGGUUGGGCGCAGGGACGAGAUUGAUCGGCUUCUAAAUGCCAGAUGGUCAGGUUAUGCUGCAAACGUGUCUCCAGCACAGCGGCAUGGUGGUGCAAAUCCGAAUGGAUAUCGGCAGCAGACUGAAAGUACACCUCAUGCUAAUGGGAACGGGUAUAGGAAUGGGCAUGGACAUAUGCAACAGCAUGUGAAUUGGCAGCAAAGCAAUAACGGAAAUGAUUAUUCGAAUAGACAGCAAGAUAACGUUAGAAACACGCAACAGUAUGAUAAUGGAAGCUACAGUGGAAGUGGGCAGCAGUAUCAUCAGGGAAACAAUAACGGAUAUGAACAACCACAGUAUAAUAAUAGAAGUUAUGUUGGAAAUGGGCAGCAAUACAAUACUGGAACUUGGAAUGGAAAUGGGAACGGGAAUGGACAACAGUACAGCAAUGGAGGCUAUAACGGCAAUGGACAGCAGUAUGGAUCUGGCUUCCAGAAUGGACAACAGUACAGCAAUGGAGGCUAUAAUGGCAAUGGACAGCAGUAUGGAGGCGGAUCGCACUAUGGAAAUUGGCAGCAGAAUGGCAGUGAUCAGCAAGUAAUAAAUGGGGAGCAAGGAUAUGAGCAGCCUCAAACUGGCUCUGUUGCGCUUUGAUUACUUUUAGAACUACGGUAUAAGGUAUUUAUUUAAUAUUUCUCUUUUUGAGAUAGUUGCCAAGAAAUACAUGUCACACCUCUUGAUUGUCAUCCUCUGCAGUGUGCAAUCAUAAGCGAUAUUUUCCCUAACUUUUGCUCUGGGGCCUACUUGUAUGUUAUUUACCGAAAUGCCAUUUAGUUGUUUUUUAUUUGCAAGACAGAAAAUUGAGGUCGUAACGAUAAAGUAUAUUUAAGUUUUAUAUUCUUUAUAUGAAACAAAACAUACUGUGAACGUAGCACAUCGUUUGCUGUUGCCCAGGUUCAGUUUUGAAUU